CCAAGUAGUGCUGCAGUUUCAAGUCGGAAAUAAGUACGCGACGGACCGUCUGGUUCAACGAGCGAUAUGUGAUAGCUUUAUAAAAACAAUGUAGAAAAACGCUGUUUCUAUAGGAAGAUGAGUGGUUAUUGAAAUACUUUACCAUCGUUAGUGAACGUCAGAACUUUUAGUGGUUAAAAUGCUGAAUCGGUUCGCGAGACGGUAGUUUCUUUUAUAAAAGAUGUUUGCCAAACCGUUUCGUGUCAAAUCUAACACCGCAAUCAAAGGGUCGGACAGGAGAAAGCUGAAAGCUGACAUUUUAGCUACAUUUCCGUCACUGUCUGCUGAUGCUCUGUCUGAGCUCGUUCCCAAUAAAGAAGAGUUCAACAUUGUGAAGAUUUAUGGGCAUAAGGGAGAAGCUGUGACACUUUAUGUUCUUCACAAAAACCCUCUCUUCUUUGAACUGGAAAAACAGAUUUACCCCACAGUCUAUGUGCUGUGGCGUCUUCCUGAUCUCCUUCCAGCAUUCAGAACAUGGCCUCCUGUGCUCCAAAAGCUGAUUGGAGGAGCCGAUCUCAUGUUGCCUGGUGUGGUGGUGCCUUCAUGUGGUCUCCCAGAUGUGAAUCAAGGAGACUGCUGCUCUGUUGCCAUUGUGAACAACAGAGCUCCUGUUGCUGUCGGCAAAGCUGCAGUGUCCAGAUCAGAGAUGCAGAGUUCUGGUAUGAAAGGAAGAGGAGUUUGUGUUCUUCACACAUACAAAGAUUAUCUCUGGGCUUUUGGAGACAAGUCAGGCCCCCCCUCUUUAGCAGAUGAAGAGGUGAACGGAGAGGAAUGUGAGAGCGAACAUGAAGAAGAAAUUGGGGAGAGUGUGGAGGAGCAGGAAGAUUGUGGUGUCGCAGCUUCAGAUGAAGCGAGUCGUGGUGUUGAGCUGAGUUUAACUGAGCAAGAGGAAGUUAAAGAGGGAAGCAGCAGCAAUAAGAUGGAAGACGACAACCAGGAUGACCAGAAAACACCACAAGAGGAAAUGGACGCCCUGCUGUUGCAGUGCUUUCUCCACGCUCUCAAAAGCAACGUGAAAAAAUCAGAGCUCCCUCUGCUGACGAGUACAUUUCUACGCAACCACAUGUUCUCCUGCUGCCCAAGCGGAAAGCAACUCGAUAUUAAAAAAUCCAGCUACAAAAAGUUGUCCAAGUUUCUCCAGGUUAUGCAGCAGCAGCAUAAUGUUGUUCAGGUGAAAGAACUCACCAAAGGUGUGGAGAGCAUUGUGGAGGUGGACUGGAAGAAUCCACAACUGCGCUCCUUCAGCGUUCCAGAGGAAACCUGUGUUGAAUCGACUUCGGUGCAGGAUGGAGGAGAGGGAGACGUUCCCUACCACCCGCCAGAGAUCACAGCUCUGUACUCUGUGUCCGCUCGGGUGGAGCCUCUGUUUUCAGACGCAAACAAGAGAAAAGGAGUUAUGCUGCAUGCUGCUGAAGUAAGGCAUAUAAUCACCGAAUAUGUGAGGAAGAAUGAUUUAGUGGACGAAAAGAACAAGAACUUUGUGAGGAUUGAUCCUGCUCUGUGUGACUGUUUACUGGAGAAGUCGGAAUACCAGGAGGUGGAGUAUCUUAAAUGGGACGACCUUUUUAGCAGGACUUUAGGGCGAAUGCAGGAUUGCUACCAGGUCGUGUUUCCCGGAAAGGCACCGAUAAUAAAGAAGGGUCACAUUGAGCCCAUAGACAUCUCUGUGGCUUCUCGGGGCUCCAAUAAAAAGGUGACUCUAAUAAAGCAUUUGGAAGUGUAUGGUUUGGAUCCAGAUAUCGUUGCCACAGCUCUUCAGCACCGAGUCCAGGCCAGCACCGUGCUACAGCCAAUACCUGGAGCCAAAGACAGAGUCCUGGUCCAGAUCCAAGGAAACCAGGUUCAUCAGGUUGGAAGUUUGCUGCUCGAUCAUUAUCAGAUUCCUCGCAAGUACAUCCAAGGACUAGACAAGACUCCUAAAUGUGGCAAGAAGAAGUAACUUUUCAUUAAUCUGUACUUGGUUUUUAUUUGUCUUCACUGCAGCUUUAGUGCGUGGAAACAAAAAACCUUGUUGAGGAAUCAUUUAAUAAAUUCUGUAGGUUGUUGAAAAA